AAUAAUGCAUGGGCUUCUAGUUCAUAAAAUAAAAAGCCCAUCGCUGAUAUUGACAUAAUAUAAGCGUGUAACAUACGCAAUUCGCACUAUAUUAACUGUCUUCUCCGCCCUAAUUCAUUUCAUCACAUUUAACCCUCAAAAUGUCGACCAGAACUUCCGCAGUCGCGAACGGCGACCAACCACCGCGUAAGAAGAUGUCGAAGCAGUCCCCGGAGAUCUCUCUUUGGUCCCUUCCUUACGAUUUGAUAUUGAAUAUCAUAGCGCGCGUGUCGAGAAUGUACUAUCCAACUCUCUCCGUCGUCUCCAAAAAGCUCGGAUCCGUAGUUGCCUCACCGGAGCUUUACCAGACCCGCUCUCGCUUAAACCGCACCGAGAGUUGCCUCUAUCUGUGCUUACGCUACUAUCGAGACCCCCCUCUUGACCCUAACCCACAUUGGUUCGCUCUCUGCAUGAAACCAAACCGAACCCUAACCGACCGUCUUUUCAUCCCAGUCACGUCUCCCGAUGUGCGUCAUGAGCGAUCUACGGGUCUAACAUCUAAGGAUGUUAGCAUCGUAGCCGCUGGGUCUAACAUCUACAAGACGGGCGGGUACACGCCCUCUUCUUCUGAAGUCUUGGUGCUUGAUUGUCGGUUCAACACGUGGCACAGUGCUCCAGUGAUGCGAGAGAAGCGGAGCUCCCCUGCCGCAAGCUUAGUUGAGGGGAAGAUAUAUGUAGCGGGAGGGUGUGAAGAUGUCAACUCCGAGAACUGGGUAGAGGUAUUUGAUCCAAAGACUCAAACGUGGGGAAAUGUGACCAAUCCUGGCGCUGAGAUACGCCCGUCAUCAGGAGCUGAACUCGAGAGCUUUGGAAUUGAAGGAAAGUUGUACCUCUUUGGUCAUAACCGUAAGUGUGUGGUUUACGAUCCCAAGGAAGCUAGAUGGAACCCGAUGAUAGAGUUGGGUAUGGGUAUGGAUAUGGAUGUGGUUAUGGGUAUGGGUAUGGAUAUGUAUGAGGCUAUGGAUAUGGAAAUGGAUAUGAAUGGUGUGGCUUCUGCAGUGUCCUAUUUUCACUGCGUGAUAGGAGACGUCUUGUUUCUUUGGAAUGAAAGAGAGUUUAGAUGGUACGACUUUAAUGCAAGUUCAUGGAAGAAGUUGAAUGGUGUUGAAGAUUUGCCUGAUUUUGAUGGAGAUUGUAAAAUGGUGGAUGUUGGUGGAAAGAUGGCUGUCUUGUGGAAGGUUUUUGGACGUGGCGAAGAGAGAUCUAUUUGGUGUGCUGAGAUUGCGCUUGAGAGGCGCGGGGACGAGAUGUGGGGGAAGGUGGAGUGGUUUGAUGUCGUGCUCACAACCCACGAGCAAUGUGGCUUGUUCGAUGCGGAUAUUCUUUCUGCUACUGUCUGAUUGAAAUGACUGCUAGCUGAUGAGAACAUGUGGCUUGAACGGUGAUGAAAAAGAAUGAAGAAUCAUUCACUUGUGCGGGUGGUUUCGUUUUUGUUUUUGAGUAUUUGCUUUCUUUGAGGUAUAUCUCCCUUUGGUUGAUAUGCGACUCUAAUGAAUUAUUGUUUCAUGUUUUUUUUUUGAAAGCUUUCUUUAUAAUUGUUUCAUGUUUUUUUAGCAUAAUAGGAUUUUGCAUUUGUUUCACAAGUAAUGUGUUGAUGAUUUAGCUUUGCUAAUUGUGGUGGCAAUUAUAUUGACCAAUGCAAAGAACUUUUAUUUGUGUUUGGAUAAAAAGGAUACACUUCAAACUACAUUGACGAGAAUAAUGAGUGGUCAGAAAAAUGGAGGUUUUGCUGUUUAAAGGUAAACCUAUCUAUAUAUUCAUGUCUUGAUCACGGAGCUACUAGAAUGGGGUUACUUUUAGUGUGAAAGAAUCUAUAGUUCUAUUA